GGAAUUCCCACGGAAAAACCGAAAAUAUGAGGUUUUAAUGGUAGUAGACGAAUACAGUCGUAGAAGAAGAGGUGGCAUUACAUAAUUGCCUUGAUGUAGUGCGUGUAUAAAGAUCGAUGGCUAUAAAAGCAGUAAGAUGAAAGAUCCGAUGCACAGUGUGAUCUGAGAGUUACCAGCUCUCAACAAUGGGUCGCGAAAAGAUUAAGAGUUUUAGGGCCUUGCUUCUACUUUUGGCUAUCACAGCCCUUUCGGCUGCUCCAGCUAAAGAAGAAGUAACUACCAUACCUUUCAAUGAAGAAGAACGUACUUUAUCAACCGACUUAGUACCUCCUCCUUAUCCACAAAAAGAGGAACACCAAUAUAUGGUUUUCGUUAUCAAUCUUUUUGGAUUAAAAAAUGCUAGCGGCGAAACUUCCAAUGAAAUGUUUGAAAAUGAUGUCAUCAAAAACGUGCCAGAAUUAACAGAUCCACUGGCAACUGUGUUAUUAAUUAUCGAAGUCGACGACAAUGAAGAGGACACUGGUGCAUCGGUGGAUCUCGACAAAUUUGCAGACGAAUUAAGAGACAUCGAAGGUUUCAAUGUUGAGAAGAUCAAUCACAGUGGUGAAACAAAAGUUCUCAGAGUGAAGCUCGACAAGGAAGACGCAAAGAGUGUAUUCCCAUCGAAAGAGAAGUUGGACAAAUUACAGAAAAUUCGUAACAAGAGAUCAACGUGCCUCAAGUGUAGUGGAGGCGGAUAUCCUGGCGGUGGAGGCGGAUAUCCUGGCGGUGGAGGUGGAUAUCCUAGCGGUGGUGGUGGAUUCGGAGGCGGCGGUGGAUUCGGAGGUGGUGGCGGAUUCGGAGGUGGCGGUGGAUUCGGCGGUGGACUAGGAGGUGGUGGAGGACUAGGAGGUGGUGGUGGACUAGGAGGUGGUGGACUUGGUGGACUUGGUGGACUUGGUGGACAUGGUGGACACAAAGGAUACAAUAAAGGAGGAGGAGGAGGAUAUCCUGGUGGAUAUGGUGGAUAUGGAGGUCAUCCCAUCGAUGGGGGAAAUAAACUCAAUAGAAUGUAACAACGAACAUAAUCUAAGUUAUAUGCUGCCUGAUAAUAUUCGCAAGGAAUUUUAUAACGUGCAUGCGCAAUCGUAUUUAAUUUUAAUUCGUUUCAUAUGAUAUAACGUUUGUCAUCUUACGUGAUCGCCGAUUUACGUAACAUGUAUCAAAUAAAUGAGAAACUAGAAAACAGGUUUAAUUUUAAUAAAAGCUCAGGAUUCAUCUCGCAUUCGUUAUUCGAACGUAAGCGAUUUCCAGGAAAUAAUAGCAGGUUCCAUCCGUGAUUGAUGUCCAUCGUUAGAAGGGGGGAAACAGCAACGCGUUAACAAGCAUCAUUUUACAUGCUGUAUGCAUUGCACGUUGCUUUCAGUGCUCGUUCGUCUAUUAAUUUCUACAAGAUACCUAUAUUUAUGAUAAUCAGACAAUCAAUCAUCAUUAUCGUGAAAUUUUUAAUUCAAGCUUGCGCCGACCUUGAAAAAAAAAAAAAAAAAAA